AGUUGGUUCUUCGAACGGGCUCCGGGAGCGAGUGAUUCUAGUCGUGCUCAACGAAGAAGCUCGAUUCCACGACGAGACUGUUCGUCGGUUGGCUUGGUAACGUCUAACGUCACCUGAAUCCAAGUGCUGUCAUUGAUGAAAGGGAAUUGCACCUAUCCGACUUCGGCGGAUUCCCGUCGAUAGGAGAGAGAUCAACUGAGCGAGCGGGCGAGCGAGUGAGUGAGUGAGUGAGCUUGGAGAGCUAACCGGCCCCAUUGACUGCUUGACGCGGCUGGUAGCAAGUGUGUUUUCGUGAACCAGCGCGUGCUUGUGAGUCAGGUCGUCGUUAUUGUUGUUGUUAGCGUUGACGUAGUCGACGUCUCUGUCCUCGAGUGGAUCGAGAAAGAGCACAUAUUCGCUCGGGAACGAUAGACGCGAACUCUAUUCUCUUACUGCAGGCGACCAUGAUCAUUUAGGAUACCCACCGAAACUUUGUGGUUGAAUUCGGCGAUCUCGGUAGGCGGAGCCCCCUGCGGUGUAAUCGAACACGGUGACGUUACCAGCGAGCGAUGGGUCGCAAGGCUACUGAUGAACGGAUUAUCUUGGACUCCUCGAUCCAGUACCAGCAGCAGCGACAGAGUGAGAAGAAUGGCUUCGAUGAAUUAUCAAGGGGUGACCUCAAGUACCUCCGUGAGGGACACUUCCCCGAGGACGACUUCGAACCUAUUCCAUGGCUCAUGUACUACGCGACCAUAUUCAGUUAUUUCGUCCUAUACGUCUUCGGAACGCUCCGGGAUGUCACCCGACGCCUAGGUCUAGAGAAAGUACGCUCCCAAAUCGAGGAGCACCGAAAGGGCUAUCCCGCCCUCUAUAAAUCAUUCGACGCCUUCUAUACGAGGAACAUCUACCGGCCGAUCCGUGAUUGUUGGAAUCUCCCGCUACUAUCGGUACCUGGCGCAACGAUCACGCUGCGCGAUCGCACUUCGGAUAACUACAAUUGGACGUUCCGUUACCUCCCGACCAAAACCACGUACGUCAACCUCGGCUCCUACAAUUACCUCGGUUUCGCCGAGAACGAGGGUGACUGCGCUGACCAGGUGGAAAAAUGCCUUGAAUCGAAUGGUUACUCGUUGUGUAGCAGCAGACACGAACUGGGAACCCACGCCGAACACCGUGAAGUCGAGUCCAUCCUGGCUUCAUUUCUCGGAGUCGACGAAGCGAUCGUCAUUGGAAUGGGUUUCGCGACGAAUUCUACCAACAUUCCCACCCUCGUGGGGCCAGGUUGCCUCAUCAUCUCGGAUGAGCUCAACCAUGCUUCUCUGUGUCUCGGGUGCAAACUUUCCGGAGCAGUGACUCGCAAAUUCAAGCACAACGAUAUGCGACACCUGGAGAAAGUGCUUGAACGCGCUGUCUGCUAUGGCCAACCGAAAACCCAAGAACCCUGGAAGAAAAUCCUCAUCAUUGUUGAGGGCAUCUAUUCUAUGGAAGGAACCAUUAUCGACCUGCCUCGAGUGAUCGCUCUCAAGAAGAAGUACAAAGCGUAUCUCUAUCUAGAUGAAGCACACUCCAUCGGUGCGCUCGGACCCAAUGGCCGCGGAGUCGUCGAUUAUUACGGCGCCGAUCCCAACGAUGUCGAUCUUCUCAUGGGAACCUUCACGAAGAGCUUCGGAGCUGCCGGGGGCUACAUAGCUGGCAAACGCUCGCUGGUCAACUACAUCCGGGCUACAUCAUUCAGUUUCGCUUACGCCGCCUCGAUGGCACCUCCAGUAGCCAGACAAAUCAUUGCGUCGUGUCGCCAGAUCAUGAGCACUUCUGAGGGUGAACAGAGGUUGAAGACACUCGCUCGCAACACACGCUAUUUCCGCAAGCGACUCAAGCAGAUGGGAUUCAUCAUCUACGGUAACGAUGACUCGCCAGUGGUUCCUCUGAUGUUGUAUCUGCCAUCGAAGAUCGCGGCUUUCGUUCGCGAUCUCAUGGACGAGAAAAUCGCCACGGUCGGUGUCGGCUACCCGGCCACACCGCUGACAGAGUCAAGGGUACGAUUCUGUCUCAGUGCCGCCCACACUCGGGAAAUGCUCGACAUGACGCUAGAGUGCAUCGAUAAGGUCGGCGACAGGCUCCACCUCAAACAGAGCGUCCGCAAUAGAAACACCUCUGAAGAAAUCCUUUACUGAUAUCGUGUGCCGCCCCCGUACCGUGACCAGCACCCGGACACUGGCGGGAACAUCAGGGAAUAUCACGGCAACAAGAAACUCGCGGAAUCACCGAGUGCGACUUAUGACGCGUCGUUCCUCCGGUGACGAAUUUGAUAUUCACGGCGAUUGUUGAAAGCCUACGCACAUAACGUCAUGGGCAGCCUGCAGGAAAAUCGAAAGAAAGAUUUAGAGAAUCGAAAAGUGCGCUAGCAUACUGAAACGUGACGAUGUUUCAUACGAAUAUCGGAUGGAGCUCUCGGAACCCAGCACACAGAAACCCCUAAGCUCCUCAUGGGACCGGAUGAAUUCAAGCGUGCUGUAUGGGGAUAGUUUCCAGCUAUUGUCGCGAUACCAAGUCUUCGAGUCAUAGGUCUAAAAAAGGCUGAAUAGGCUAUGGAAAGGCAGGCAGAUUUUUAAAGGUUCUUCGGACUUAUCGUGUCGUUCGGCUCCACCACUUAAUAUUUAGGAAUCCCAUUUACUGUAUGAAAUCAAUAUAUGCAAGGGCGAUGCUAUUACAUUGAUGGUUGCAAGUGUUCUGAGAUGCGGCGGGAAAUGUUGUCGUUGUGAGACCUGACGACUCUUAGUGUUUGGCGGCAGCCGUUUUUGUCUCCGAUCAGCCGAACUGCCUCCGCGCAGAGGAGAAGUAUUAUUUUGUGAGCGCUUAAUUAUUGUGAGAGCGAACGAACCAAUUGUGCGCAUGAUUGCGGGACGAUGACUCUCCAUCGGCCCAUCUCAGAUUUGUGGGGAUGAUGUGCGGCGGAGGUGGUCUCUAUACAGGCAUGUCCCAAAAUGCUCUCUUGCCCCACCCCUUCCCCAGAGUUUUAUAUUAGCCAUUGGCGUACUUGGAGGUGGACGAUUGCCAGAUGAAUGAUGUUGUACAGCAAUUCUGAUCCGUCAGAUUGUAGGAUGCAGAGACCUUCAGAGGCUCGAUGCAGGAGUUGACUACAAUUAUUAUUUCAAUAAACUCCCGGCUUGUGCUGAGUCGGA